CCGAUCGUCUCUCCAUCGAUAACAUCAUGGAUCCCGAUCACGACGCAAAGUUCCCUCUCCACGAGGCCGCCCGGGAGGGCAAAACUCAAACGGCCGAAUCCCUCGUAAGCGCGAACCCGAAGCUAGCUAACACGAAAGACGACGAUGAACGGCUACCGAUCCAUUGGGCCGUCGCCUACAACCACCUCCCCAUCGUCGAGCUCCUAGUGUCCAGCAAGAACUUUGAUCCCGAUGUCGAGGACGGAUCGGGCUGGACCCCACUGAUGAUCGCAUCGAGUUUGAAAAAUGCCGAGGGCGACGCCAUCAUCGAGCUCUUACUCCGAAAAGGCGCAGACGUGACGGCCAAGAGCAACUCCGGCCAGAACGCCCUCCAUUUCGCGACCUCCAAAGCCAACAUCUCCACCGUCCGCACCCUAAUAGAGAAUAAAUGCAGCGCCAGAGUCAAAGAUAAGCGCGGACAACUGCCGCUUCACCGAGCCGCGGCCAUCGGAUCGACGGCCAUCAUCAACAUUCUGCUGAAGGAUGGGAAGAGUCCUGUCAACGCGACGGAUAUGGACGGGAUGACGGCGCUGCAUCAUGCGAUCUGCGAAGGCCAUGGCGAUGCGGCGAUCACGUUGCUCAAGGCGGGUGCGGAGACGGAUAAGAGGGAUGCUGAUGGGAGAUUGGCCAUUGAUAUGGCUCCUGAUGGAAAGGUUCGGGGAUAUAUCAUCCAGACUGCUGAGAGGGAGGGCGUAGAAUUGUAAGAUGUCCAUGGUCUUGACCAUGCAUCAGUCUAGGACUUUGAAAGGGGCGUAACAAUCCAGAUACCCAGCUUCUCUCGAAGUGUUUCGCCCUUGCAACCAAUCAAUGUGCCCAAGGGUGUGUUAACAAUAAAUAGUUCAUUGAAAGUUAAGCUUUCUUGUAAUAGUGGC